AGUGGGAGGAAUAGUGCCCCAUCAUUGGUGUCAGUGGGGAGGAGGAAUAGUGCCCCAUCAUUGGUAUCAGUGGGGAGGAGGAAUAGUGCCCCAUCAUUGGUAUCAGUGGGGAGAACAGUGCCUCAACGUUGGUGUCAGUGGGGGAGGAACAGUGCCUCAUUGUUGGUGUCAGUGGGGGAGGAACAGUGCCUCAUCGUUGGUGUCAGUGGGAGAGGAACAGUGCCUCAUCGUUGGUGUCAGUGUGGAGGAGGAAUAGUGCCCCAUCGUUAGUGUCAGUGGAGGAGAGGAGCGGCUGCUCCUUC